GAUGGCUUGGAGUUACGGGUGCGAGUCCGUGUGUGCUUGGCUCGGGAGAAAUAUAGUUCGUUCUUUUUUGCGUUCUGUGUCGUGUCUGCUACCUGGUCUCCUGUCAGGAUCUUCGUUGAGUUCCCUUGCGCUCCCAUCUCCGGGUGGUCGUGGUGUGGUUCAAAAUGGACAUCUCUUGAUCCGCAGACGGGCGAAAACGGGCCUCCCUUUGCCCAGGGUGACCCUUGAAGCUCAGGUGGCAUUCGGUGUCCUUGGGAACGGAGCCUGCGCGGGGAUUUUGCCAGCUCGCGGUGGAAGCAUCCCGCCCGCCCAUUCAGGUGAAAGGGCCAAGAGGGUGGUGGUGGUGGUGCUGCUGCUGCUGCUGCUGCUACUGCUGCAUCCGAUGCGUCUAUAGGAAGCUAAUUGUCGGCUAGGCUGCUGUAGGGAACAUAGCUGCCAAGUUUUCCCUUUUCUCACGAGGAAGCCUAUUCAGCAUAAGGGAAUUUCCCUUAAAAAAAGGGAGAACUUGGCAGCUAUGGUAGGGAAUGGGCUCCUUCUCGUAAAUAUUCCGUGGGUGGGGGUGAGGAACGGGCCCUACAGUUUCAGUUUCAGUGUUGUAGAAAUGACAACUGCACUUGCUGAAUAUAGUAAUACAGUAAUGCUAGUAAACCCGAAGAUGGGAACCUUUUUGACCAGGUGGACCAGAUCUUUUAUAUACAGGUAGACAUAUACCCCCAGAGAGAGAGAGAGAGAGACUUUGAAAGAGACAAGUCUCAUCCACCUGCCAGUCAUCAGAUAGCAUAAUGAUGUUUGGUGGGACAACCCAUCUGUCAAUCACCUAUCGGAUGGUGGGCUGACCUGUUCAGUCUUGCUUUCUGCAGGGAAAGCAGCUGUGCCUCUACCUGCCUCACACCUGAUGUCGACAUGUUGCCAUCUUUGAGGAAGGUGGGUGUGGUUUAAGGAAGACAAAUGGGGAGAUCCUGAGACGAUUUGGCCUGUGUCUGAAAAUCUUCCUCUGCUGUACUGUAUAUGCUUAUCUGGGAUUAAGUUCUACUGAACAUAGUGAGACAUCCAUGGGUGUAGUCUGUGGUAAUCUUAUUCAUCUCUAGUUGCCAUUUAUCCCUGUUUAAGGCUCUGUAUUCUGCACCCACAGAAUAGGAUGCAGGCUACUGCUUUGGGAGUCUUUGGGUACCUCAACAUGCAGAAGGGGAUUGAGCAGGUUUGAGUAAUGAAGAAAACCUGCAGUACUCUAGUGACUGAUGAGAAGACACAAAACAUUACAUGGAGCGAACUGGACUUAAGAUCAGAAAAUAUGUUUAGGAUUAACCUAAACCACUGAGCUUAGGGCUUGCUGAUCAGAAGGUCCGCGGUUCGAAUCCUUGCGAUGGGGUGAGCUCCCAUUGCUCGGUCCCAGCUCCUGCCAACCUAACAGUUCGAAAGCAUGUCAAAGUGCAAGUAGAUAAAUAGGUACUGCUACAGCGGGAAGGUGGCGCUGUGGGUUAAACCACAGAGCCUAGGGCUUACCGAUCAGAAGGUCGGCAGUUCAAAUCCCUGCAAUGGGGUAAGCUCCCGUUGCUCGGUCCCUGCUCCUGCCCACCUAGCAGUUCGAAAGCACAGCAAAGUGCAAGUAGAUAAAUAGGUACCGCUCCGGUAUGGCCAUCACCUUGAGGCCACUGGCUGAAAGCCUAGCCAAGUAAGUACAAUGGAAAUAAUUGGUCCUUACUCCCAGGUAGGACGCGGGUGGUGCUGUGGGUUAAAACACAGAGCAUAGGGCUUGCCAAUCAGAAUGUCAGUGGUUCGAAUCCCCGCGACAGGGUGAGCUCCCAUUGCUCGGUCCCCACUCCUGCCAACCUAGCAGUUUGAAAGGACAUCAAAGUGCAAGUAGAUAAAUAGGUACCGCUCCGGCGGGAAGGUAAACAGUGUUUCCGUGUGCUGCUCUGGUUCGCCAGAAGCAGCUUUGUCAUGCUGGCCACAUGACCCGGAAGCUGUCUGUGGACAAACGCCGGCUCCCUCGGCCUACAGAGCGAGAUGAGUGCUGCAACCCCAGAUUCGGACACGACUGGACCUAAUGGUCAGGGGCACCUUUACCUUACAGCAGGAAGGUAAACGGGAAGGUAAACGGCCUUUCCGUGCACUGCUCUGGUUCGCCAGAAGUGGCUUUGUCAUGCUGGCCCCAUGACCCGGAAGCUGUACGCCAGCUCCCUCGGCCAAUAAUGUGAGAUGAGCGCCGCAACCCCAGAGUUGGUCACGACUGGACCUAAUGGUCAGGGGUACCUUUACCUUCAAGGUAACAUUGGUUUGUUCUGUGCAAGUGAAAUAUGCUUAAUUGUGGGUAGGGUGCUUUGUUGCUAAAUGCUAAUGUUAAAUACUGAGUUCUGUUAACUAUGAUACAAUUGUUAACUAUGAUACACUGCAUGUAUAAACAUGAUGUGAUUGGAAAAGUGCUUUAUGCCCAUUUCCAUGAUGACCCCAAAUCUGUUUUUACUACGGUAAUGCUGUGCUUAUAUUGCACAAGAUAGAAACAGCUUGCACAAUAUACAGAUCUUUCCCAAUCAUUUGACAUUGCUGCUUAAGACAGGGAUGUAAGAUAUCAAGAAGACAAAGCAUAUGUUUAAUUUUAAAGGAUGACAAUCCUUUCCUUAAGUUAGGACAACCACUCCAGUUCACAAGCUAGUACUUUAAUUUAAUGAAUUUUUAUGCCUCCAUUCAAAAUAUACUAGAACUAGCUUUAUCAUUCAGAUCAGUACUUUAUUUAAUUAUACAUUUUUAAAAUGCCAGCAUUCAGAAUAUAUGCUCUUCACACUACUUUUAACCAUCUUUUACCACCUUUUACCAGCUCCAUCUGGUUCACCUACCAUUACAACAACAAUAUGGUUUUAAUUGUAUGGUUUAUGUACUGUCAUUGUAAAGUGCUUUGACAUUUUUAAUGAAUAAUGGUGUAUACCGGUAACUACUUUGAUAAAUAAAAAAUAAACCUUAAAAAACCAAUGUACUAAUGAUAAUAGUAAUAGGAAAACAUCUAGGUUAUUCUGAUCUACAGGUGAAACUCAAAAAGUUAGAAUAUCGUCGAAAAGUGCAUUUAUUUCAGUAAUGCAACUUAAAAGGUGAAACCAAUAUGAGAUAGAUGCAUGACAUGCGAAGCAAGUUUUGUCAAACGUAUAUUUGUUGUAAUUGUAAUUAUUUGACGUUAGACGUCAAUUAUAAAUGGAAUAUAAUUAAUGAAAUGUAAUAGCGAUGUUUAUGUUUAUUUUUGUAUUAUUGUAACUAUUUGUUUUAUUACUGUGGAAUUUCCAAAAGAAAGCAUUUGUAAAAAUUAAAAGAAAAAGAAAAUAAGUUGCAUAACUGAAAUAAAUGCACUUUUCGAUGAUAUUCUAAUUUUCUGAGUUUCACCUGUAUUUCUAUCAGCCCAUGUAAGAGAUUGCAAAAUGAUAAAGGGACUGGCUUUCCCCUCCAACAAUGUUGCUUGUGAGUCUUGUUGCUAAGUUGCUCUGUAGCUGGUAUAAUAAAUGUUAGUUCAGCUACUGGCCUACAUUCCAAAACGAGAGAGAGAGAGAGAGAGAGAGAUCUGAUGCAACACUAUCCAUUUAUUAAAUCUUGGAGCUUCUAAAUACUGUAUAUAUAUAUACUGUCUUUCAAAGCCUGCUGUACAAACUGUGGUUAGCUAGUAGUAAAUUAAUAUUUAACUUUCAAGUAAAGGUUGUCUGCACUAUAGGUUACCUCAUUUCAGUCCAUUGAAUUAUUGGGUUGCAUCUAUGCUUUUGCAAACAAUUCUCUCUUGUUCCUUACUCUCCAUUUUUACUCCUGUAGUUGGAGCUGUCUUUGAUCUGAGUUGGGUUUGCUUCCCUCUCUCCCACCCCCACCCCAGAUUUUUAGUUUUUUCUUCAAAUCUCACAGUAGCAAUCUGUAAUUUUACAUUCUUGCCGUACAGAAAGUUUAAUUGUAGAUAACUGAUUAAAUCUCCAUGACUAUGCCAGCACAGCUUUACAAAUAGGUCCAUAAAAGUAAUUGCAAAUACAACCCACAAUUACUUUUGCUAGUAAUUUUGUAUAUGAUUCACAAGAAGAUGGCAACCAGUUUUUGUAAGGCUUCCCUAUCUGAUCACUGAAUUCCAAUUCUUACUUUCCAUGGGAGAUUAGGUUAGUGACUACAAGUCUGUUCUAGCAGCAACAAUGGUUAAAUUGUCUUAUAAAACCAGCAACAACAGAUAACCUUUAUAAAAACCAAGCUGAAAAUACAGGUGAAACUCAGAAAAUUUAUUUUUUCUUUUUCUUUUAAUUUUUACAAAUGCCUUCUUUUGGAAAUUAUACAAAAAUAAACAUCACUAUUACAUUUCAUUAAUUACAUUCCAUUUAUAAUUGACCCGCCUAAUGACAAAUAAUUACAAUUACAACAAAUAAAGGCUUGACGUAUCUUGCUUUGCAUGUCAUGCAUUAUCUCAUAUAUUGGUUUCACCUUUUAGGUUGUGUUACUGAAAUAAAUGCCCUUUUUGAUGAUAUUCUAAUUUUCCGAGUUUCACAUGUAAGUGUGCCUACAUAUGAACAUUCACUUCUAGUGGAAGGGAAAACAGGAUAUGCAAGACAGGCAUCAAACAUAAACCAAAGGGAGCCAUAUGAUGACAAUAGUUAAGAAAUUAGCAUGGUGCUUCUUUUUUGUCUGUGUACACAUCUGUUUGUAAACGAUAGAGAGGAAAUUCUGGUGUAGAUAUGCCCAUCCUGAUUUCCUUACUAAAGCAAUCUACUUCCAGUGUAUCUUCUCAGUUUAAACUUUGGAAGAACAAGCAGGUUACAAUGGACUUUUGGGAGUAGGUCUUGAAAUGCUUGCAAUACUACAUUUCUACGCAGCUAAUUUCUGUAUUCUCCAGGCUUUCAGGUGAUAUGUUUGAUAAGAGACAUAUUAUUGCUCCAUAAACUGUUGCCAGGCACAUCCUGGUCAUGCUGUUGAGUGCCUGUAGUGAUCAAAUUUAUGUUAGUGCUGAAAAGCUGGUGUUGAUUUAAAGUAUACUUAUUUUAAAAAAAUUUUUUAAAGAAGUCGGAGCCUAUUGAUAGAAUGGGCAAGAUGACUAUAGAACAGUGAACUGUCCUUUGCCUUACUGAGCUAUGCAAGAUUUACUGCAUAAACAAGAACCUAGAAUCUUCAGUCACUGGAAUUGUUUGGGUUCCAUUCUCACAUGACCCCAAUAGGAGGUAGUGAGCUGAUUUCAUUGAAGACUUUCAAUAUGCCCAUCUUAUUUAGAUGUUCUUGCAGCUGCAAGUGAUCUCAUGGACAGUGGAUUCAAUGUGACUGGCAGGAUAUUUAAAGGCCACCUUAUAUGCAGCUCUUUUGCAAUCCAUAUCUGGGAUAAUAUGCAUUUUUUAAAGGAGAAAACAGAUGAUGAUCCCUGAGCAAGAAGAAAGGAGAUAUUUCGAUAUUGGGAAUUUUUUUAACAUUUAGGCACAUGUAAAGUUUAGGCAAACUAAGUAAGAUCCUAGAUAAUGAAGACCUUCCCAUAGGGGCAUUUAGGAUCAUCAUUCUGGGGUAAAGUACCGUAGAUGAAGUAUGUUGACUUGCAAGAGCACAAGGUGGGGGGAAUGACAGAAUGAAGAACUUAAAUCAGUGGUUAACAGGUCAUGCAUGGGAUGCUGAGAGAGGAACUGUUGCGUGGAAUAAUGAAGCCUUUUAAUUGUUUGCAGAUACAGGCAUAAUGGCACAUAGUAGCCUGAAUUAGGAGUGUGCAGGUUAAGUACAAUCCCAUGGCACCUGCUUGGUGUGCCAACUUUAGUCUUUGAAAGAUUUGGCUUUCAUUAAAACAAGUGGAGACCUGCAAUAACUCAUGGUGCAUGGAAGCGACUCUGCAGAGGGAGGGGAAAGAGUGCCUGUCCUUCACGGUGCUUGCUUCUCAUAUAUGUCCUCCAAAUCUGUGAGGUGGCUCUUUUGAUGUGACUGGCAGAGGAUCAAAGUGGAAUCUAUCACCAUGAAACUUUCAAAGGAGAGUGGCAUAGUGACCAAAGAUACCUAACCUGGGAAAAGGAGGAAUAGAGUUUUUGUAUCAUCCAAGUAAUAUUAAAAGUAUGCCACCCUAGUUCUGACGUGUUUAUAUAGACCUGCAUUCUUAUUUAUUUAUUUAUUUAUUUAUUUAUUUAUUUAUAUAUAUAUAUCCCGCUCUCCCCGGCCAGGGCUGGACUCAGGGCAGCUAACACCAAAUAUAAACUACAAUAAAACGUGGGGGGGGCAGUUAAUUUAAAAUACGGCUUAAAAUGCAGCCUCAUUUUAGUAGUAGCCCAUAGAUCAAGACCAUAAAGGGAAGAAACAUCAGAUAUUCAUCCGAACCAGCUAUCCAUGCUGGUUCUACAUGGGCCAGCAAAAAGCCAAGGGAAAAUUAUAUAACAAAUCCUAUAUAAGGGGUCAGAGUGAUUCUAAGCCGAAGGCCAGGCGGAACAGCUCCAUCUUGCAGCCCCUGUGGAAAGAUGUCAAAUCCUGCAGGGCCCUUGUAUCUUGUCACAGAGCGUUCCACCAAGUCGGGGCCAGUGCUGAAAAGGCCCUGGCCCUAGUUGAGACUAAUCUAGGGGUUGAGACCAAUUUAACCUCUUUGACUGCAUGUGUGGCUGUCCUAUUUUUCUGUUUAAGUUUGAAAGUUAAUUUUACAGGUGUGAAACUUGGGGCAGUGCUGCAUAUGCUGCAGCUCCUUCUAACCUGGUAGCCCAUGGCUCUUAAGAUAGGGAUUCAGCCCUUCUUUCAGUCUUCACACUGAGACCUUAUUUAACACAAGACUGCUAUUUUUUACGGUCCUUUUUCUUUCUCUUCUGUUGCCCUACCUUAAAGCUAAAUGGUUAUGCUAGAGGAAGACAAAUCACAGUGUCAAUAUUUUUAUUACUCUUUUCCCCUUUGCAGAUCAGGAGAGAAGCAUGUAUUUUGAAAAUGGGGGCACUGUGUCCAGUACCAUUGUUAAAAUAACAAUAUACGGUACUGUUAAUACAUCCCAGUCAUGCAUAUAAUGUCUCUAGAUAAACUUAUUGUCUCUAUUCAUAAAGUCGGUUGUCUCAAAUAAUGCAACAACCUUUAGAAAAUGUCAUGUUGAAUAUAUUUUGUAGAUGGCUUCUUAUUUCCAAAGACAUGAGAAUAUAAAACACAUUUUAGUGAUUUGUUGCUAAAUGAGCACACUAAAGUACUUUGACUUAUUUGUGAAGAACUAUAUGUGGCAUCUCUCAUAUACACACUAAAUUUUAUUUCAGGAAAGCUAACAACUAUUUACUUUCUCUUUCAUGUACCCAUUAAAUGAUGAAACAUGAUGGCUUCUCAUAACACAGUACGCACUUCUGGGGGCCAGUAGCCAACUGGGGACUCCCUAUUGCUGCUAUUAAUGACAUGAAGAAAUCACCAGAUAUCAUCAGUGGCCGAAUGACCUUUGCCCUCUGCUGUUACUCGUUGACUUUCAUGCGGUUUGCAUAUAAGGUGCAGCCAAGGAACUGGUUGCUGUUUGCUUGUCACUUUACCAAUGAAGGCGCACAACUUAUCCAAGGAGGACGAUUAAUUAAAUACAAGUGA